CACUGCUACCAUUAGCAAACAUCUUCCUGCCAGCUAUAAACAUGAGAUAUAGCCAAUCCCUCCUAGCCUUGUCCGGCAUUAUUGCCUCGGCUGUGUCCACAACCACCUCGUUUCCUGCCAACUUCACCCUAAUCUCCACCCUUGACAACUCAGCCCUGACCACCGAUGGUUGGGGUAUCUACGACGGCACUACAGGAACUUUAUUCACGCUAUCUCCCCACGCAGACGGCACCAUCAGCUACAGUGCCAACGGUCAGGCAAUGACCGUGGUCGCCGAUGCGACCUCGUUUGCAUGGAUCAUCCAAGCUCUGGCAGAGCCCGAGGCUUACGAAACGGUGACAGGCUGGGGCAUCUCGGAUGAUGGGUUCCUCAUGCUGAACGGCGAGCAGCUGUGGGCGUUUAAUGAGAGCGCCCCGGAGCCAAGAAGGCUGUAUUGGGCCGGUGAUGGGAUGGGGCAGGGGCUGGUCAGUACACAGCUAUUUGUGCAAAGUGCGGUGUGAAACUUGGGACAGGGCUUGGGACUUUAUACAUACCCAUUAGGCCCCCUUCAUGGUAGGGUAGCAGGGCCUCAAGCGAUAGCUGCUACACUGGCUAUCAGAACUUAGAAAAAAAAAAGGCUCUAUUGGAUUAUUCUCAACCGGAACAAAAACGGUAGAACGGCAACCUGGGCUUGUGGGGUCAAGCUGUACAAAGUAGGGCUCGGGCGGCGUAGCCUGGUCAUCAUGGCCUUGGACAAUGGUUGUGGAGACAUCUUGGGUCUAGGUAUUGGUUGGUAUGGAUACGGUGAACCAUCGGAGUCUCGUUUACAGGAAGAAGCUGAUUCAGCACAUAUUCCGGGCUAGACUGUGCUAUUUUCCUGGCCUCUCAAUUCAG